AUGGCGGCGUCGAUUUCUGAGGCCACGAAAAAGACCAACGACAAAAUGCAAGCCACUGCCAUUCAAGCCGCCAGGAAAGCUUAUGCCGUCGCCGCCGCCGCCGCCACCGCUCAUGCUCUUUACAUCGUCACCACCACUCCUCAGGUCAUGGCUCCUCAGGUCGCCGCUCCUCAGAUCGCGGCUCCUCAGCUCGCGGCUCCUCAGAUCACGGCUCCUCAGCUCGCGGCUCCUCAGGUUGCCGCUCCUCCUGCCGCUGCUCCUCCUGACCCCCUUCCUGCCCCUGACGAACCUGUUCAAGAUGACAAUGCAGCUGCCGAGUUCACUGAUGAUGUAGCUGCAGCAUCUUCAGACGAGGAUGUCGAAGAUGUAGUUCCUGGUCCUCCCUGGUCAUGGGUGAAUGCACGGAACCUAGCAAUGCUUAUGGUUGAUGUCUUUGCACUAGACUUCACAAGUCCGGCAGAGAAAAUCCAGCGCUGCGGCCCUCCCCGACCAGAUCUUCAGAUUUGA